CCGUGCGGGUGUAUUAUAGAUGCGCAUCCAGGCAGCCGGGCGGCACUGCAUGUGUACAAUGUAACAGGCAGACUGGAGCCGCACAGAGGGCAGGGCUUAACCAUUAACUAACAUUAACCAUUAAAUCAGCUGUGCAGAGCCGGUACCGCACAUAAGGCGUGCGUACCGGCUUCCACGCCUCACAAGCCUGAGCGCGUUAACAAGAGGUGGAGGAUAAAUUCAGCCGGGCACACGGAGUCCCUGUACUCAUACAGAUCAUCACUCCGGUCUGUCCUCACACCGAGGACUACUGGCACUCAGAGGGGGGUGGGGGGGGACACAAUUUUUCACGAGUUUAACACUCGUGGUUACAGUGGCAGUGACAUGGGCUCCAGCCCGGCGAUGGAACAGAGAGCCCUCUGCCCUCGUUUAAAUGAGAAGCAGAACAGAAUAGCAGGGCUCGUCUAUUCAGCCCUGACCAGGGGAGCACUAAUUUACGCCUUUGCCAUGUUGGGUUCGGGUGGUGUUGGUCCUGACUACUAAGCAGAGGAUUGUUUGAGCCGGGAAAGUCCGUGCGGAUGUCGCAACUUGCAGUCAGAGGAAAGCUGCUUCAAGUCAGCAGCAGCAACACUGGAAGGUGACGGUCCACUCUGGUUGGAGAGAUACUUUUCCACUGUUGGUAAUUCAAUCCUCAUACUGAGACCUUUAAAUAUCACAUUUGAAAACUGUCCAGCGGCCACGUGGUGUAAAGUGAGACGUUUGGAGCCCUGUGCAGCGACCAGUCUCACAUGGACAGCAGACUGACAGCAUGACCGGUGCCACUGCAGGUCUCUGAUUUACAUAUUUUUCCAGCUUGUACUGAACUGCAAAGGACUGUUUGCAGCUGACUGCAGGGGAUUUCUGUGGUGAGUCGCCUCCCUGUUGUUUUCUAUCCUUUUCUAUGUUGAACCAGUAUGUCUUCUGUUUUUUGCCGGCCUAACCUGAGCACCUUGCAGUGAAUGGAGAACAUACUGGUUCUGCUCCCGAAGCACCGACAGGAACACAGGCUUUGCAGACGCACGGCUGCAUGUGCCUCGCUGCAGGUUUUUUCUGGCAGAGUGUUUUUCUCCCAGUCUUUAUGACCGACCUCCACACCUUGUCGGCCUCUUUAAUGGGAUAAAUCAGUUGGACUGAUCAGGUUCAAAACCAGAUCCGGUGGUCAGUUCUGACUUUCCCACAAAACCGUUAGGCUGAGGCACGCUGACCUUUUCUUAUCAAGCCCACUGUCUUCAAAGGCUUCCGCAUGGUACUUUGGUCGAAAGAACAAGAAAAGCUCCCCGACAUCGACAUGUCCUCUGGGGCCAUUGAGAUGAAGAAGGAGGGAGGCCCCCUCACUUCGGCCUUCCUCAACUCCAACUGCACCGUCCACCCGGUGAUCCUGACAAAGGGCCCCGAAGAAGUGAGCCCGGUGACCGGGGAUGAGUUUGAGCUCACCGAGGUCACAUCUUUCCCCGAGCGAGUGAAUGAGACUGGGGAGAACGACGAGAGGUCGGAGAUUGUGGUGGCCAUGGACUGUCGGGCCAAUGCCAAAGGUCAGCGAGAGGAGGAUGCGCUCCUGGAGAAUGCAAGCCAGAGCAACGAGAGUGAUGACACCAGCACCGAUCAGAGCCCCGAACCAACAGCACCCCUCAAGGAGACCUCCUUUUCCAUCGGACUGCAGGUGGUCUUCCCCUUCUUGCUGGCCGGGUUCGGGACGGUGGCAGCAGGGAUGGUGCUAGACAUCGUCCAGCACUGGACGGUGUUCACCGAUGUGUCUGAGGUGUUCAUCCUAGUUCCUGCACUGCUGGGGCUUAAAGGCAACUUGGAGAUGACGCUGGCCUCCAGACUUUCUACAGCGGCUAAUAUUGGGCACAUGGACACAGCCAAGGACAUGUGGAAGAUGAUCAUGGGGAACUUGGCCCUCAUCCAGGUCCAAGCCACAGUAGUGGGGUUCCUGGCCUCCAUAGCUGCUGUGAUCUUUGGCUGGAUCCCAGAGGGACACUUCAAGCUGGGCCAUGCAGUGCUGUUGUGUGCCUCUAGUGUGGCCACCGCCUUCAUCGCUUCUCUGCUGCUAGGUCUCAUCAUGAUCGGCGUGAUUGUUGCAUCCAGAAAAGUUGGCAUCAACCCUGACAAUGUGGCCACGCCCAUCGCUGCUAGCCUAGGAGAUCUGAUCACCCUGUCCCUGCUGGCAGGCAUCUCAACAGGACUCUACAAAGAGCUAGAGUACAAUGAUUAUGCCAACCCUCUAGUGUGUGCAGUUUUUGUGGCGAUGUGCCCACUAUGGGUGCUGAUAGCCAGGAAGAUCCCAUCCACCAGAGAGGUCCUUUACUGCGGCUGGGAGCCAGUCAUCAUCGCCAUGGCCAUCAGCAGUGUCGGUGGUCUGAUCCUCGACAAAACUGUCACCAACCCAAACUUUGCCGGCAUGGCUGUCUUCACUCCAGUCAUCAACGGUGUGGGAGGUAACCUGGUAGCAGUUCAGGCAAGUCGAAUCUCCACCUAUCUACACAUGAACGGUAUACCCAUGGGGGAUCCCAACCCAGCCCCCAGGAAGUGUCCCACACCCUGCACUUCCUUCUUUGGUUCCACUGUGAACUCCCGUUCAGCCCGUGUACUUUUCCUGCUGGUUGCCCCAGGGCACCUCGUCUUCCUCUACACCAUCAACUCCCUGAGGGGGGGACACACCACCCUCACACCCAUCUUCAUUACCUUCUACCUGUUUGCUGCACUACUGCAGGUCAUGAUCCUCCUCUACCUGGCAGACUGGAUGGUCCACUGGAUGUGGGGUCGGGGCAUGGACCCUGACAACUUUUCCAUCCCGUACCUGACCGCCCUGGGUGACCUGCUGGGGACUGGCUUCCUAGCCCUGUGCUUCCACUUGCGCUGGUUCAUCGGGGACAGAGAC